AUGAUGCGAUCCCUCCUCGCCAACAGCCCGGACGUCGCGGCCGGUGUGCGCGACCGCGUCGUCCUGGUCACCUCCUCGACCUCUCCCGCCGCCAUCACCCAAAUGCGCCGCGACGGCCUGACCGUCCUGCCCGUCCCCAACGUCCACUCGCCCUACACGUCGCACGCCAAGUUCGACGACCGCUUCGCCGAGGUCAUGACCAAGCUCACCGUCUUCAACCUCACCACCUACUCGCGCAUCGUCUUCAUCGACGCCGACUCUCUCGUCUUGCGCGAUCUCUCCCCGCUCUUCUCGUGCGCCCGCUUCUGCGCCGCCUUCAUCAACCCGUGCUACUUCAACUCGGGCCUCAUGCUGCUCACCCCUGACCGCGCCCUCUUCACCGACAUGCACCGCGUGCUUCCGACCACCCCGUCCUACGACGGUGGCGACCAGGGCUUCCUCAACGAGUACUUCCCGGCCAUGCUGGACGCCCCUGUCUUCGAUCCUGACCAUCCACCCCCCGUCCGCCCGCCCUUCGCCCGCCUCCCCUUCUCGUGGCACGUCGACCACAGCGCCUACUACCCGACCUUCUCCUUCGCCUUUGAAAACUCAAACCGCUGCGGCCGCCGACACAACAUCGAGUGGCUCGGGCCCCCGCUCUGCAAGCCCUGGCUCUGGUGGACCUACGCCGCCCUCGACCUCUCCUGGACAUGGAACCACUACCGCGCCAUGCUCCCAGACCCGUACCCGCCCGCCCUGGGCACGCGCCGCAACGCCGUCCUCCUCAUCCUCACCUCCUACCUCCUCCUGGUCACCAUGCACCGCCUAUUCGCCGCCCGCCGCGCCCCCGUCGCCCGCCUCGUCCGCCUCCUGACCCGCCUCAACCCGUCCGUCAAGGCCUCGCCGCGCAUGGCCUGCUUCUACCCCGUCGCCCUCGGUCUCCUCCUCUGGGCCGUGCACUUUGCGGCCGCCGUCGUCCUGGUCCCGCAGAUCCUGCAGCCGCGCUACGCCCGCGUCGUCUUCUUCCACCUGCGCCUCGUCGGCACCCUCGCCGCGCUCGCGGGCACAGGCCUCCUCGUGUGCGCCGCGCAGCGCGCCGCUCUGCUUGGCGGCGGCUCCGCCGGCUCCGCCAGGGCCGUCGCCGCCGCGUUUCGCCGCAUGGUAGUGCUCGCAGCGCUCGACGCCGCGUAUCUGCUCGUGGCCGAGCAAGUGCUGUGGGCAAGGCCCUUCCAAACCAUGUGGGCGAAGGGAAUCGCAGUGCUUUCCGUGCUGUUUGGGCAGGCUGUUUUGGCAGCCGCUGUGCUGGCAAGGACCGCCUUGAUGUGGUCGAGGCUGGCACAGGGCGACGCAGCCAGGGAGGCGCGGUGA